AUGGCUUUACGCGACACGAAUGCCAUUCUCAAACUCAAUCCAACAUUGGCUCUUGGUUACCUGCUGAAAGGGAAGCUGUACUCGUAUUAUGGCCUACAACGAAAGGCGAUCGAGGUGUUUGACCAAGGUCUUACUAUGGCACGUAGAAUGGAUGAUGAGGAACAGCAACAUUAUCAGCAGCUAUUGACGGCCAAAGCAGAUGCCGAGAUGAUACAGCAAAAAGGUGUGGAUUUCAUCAGCAAGUUACCAUUGGACGUAGUAUCAACCAUUAUUGUGCCUUUAUUGAUGGAUGAUGAAAAAUGGAGCCUCACCAAGCCAUGUCCGUAUUUCCAAGUAUGCAAAAGCUGGCACGAGCGAUUUGCACGUGGCAAAUUAUGCUAUGAUGUUAGCGAUAACGAAACGUAUCCAGCUCAGCUGGUUUCUUUAUCCAACAACAUUCAUUCUAUGGAGAUCGACAAUUACUAUCCAGAAGCAGGAUUCCGUAUGCCGGGACAGCUAACUGCUUUACGACAUAUGAAGAUUGCAGGCAUCGCACCAGCAAAUGAAUUGCAUUUCGCUUCUUGGUUACGCAAAAUCGGUGGAUCGUUAUAUGAGUUGGAGAUAUUAUUGACACGUGGAACCAUGUUGAAUGGGAGAGAUAUCAUGGAACGAUGUCCUCAUCUUUCAAGUUUGAUUACUUACAACGUGAUGAGUGCCGAUAUGGUAUCCAAGUUGCAUCAAUAUUCCUCCUUUAUGCGGCCUAUUCCAUCUCUUGUCAGACUUGAACUUCAUUCAUUACGUCAUCCAGUCAACCUUCAACAGGCACUUUCAUUGCUGCAAUAUUAUCCAUCAUUACAAUCACUCGUCUUGUAUCCAUGCCACGAUUCCAAUUUGCUUCCAAUCAUACACCAGCAUUGUCCUUGCUUGCAAACUUUGGUGAUCAGUACCCAGUCCGCAAUGAUUUCAGCUCCAGAACAACGAAUGCAGCACCAAAACAACCAACGUAGGCUACGAUUCAUUUACGUUCAAGAUGAGUAUGCUUAUCAUUACAACAUUGAAGAUAUCCGACAAUGCAUGAUCACCCACAGUGCCACGUUUGAAUCAGCAACCAUCUUGGUUGGCACGUUGAAUGAUGAUCCAGAUCCACCACCAGCAGUACAAUUUCCACGAUUACGACGACUGCGUUGUUCACUACAUACAUGCCAUGGACCCCGUUAUUCGGAUGGUGGAUACCGUAUCAUGCACCCUCAUUGGAUCAUGUUGAAUUGA